AUGCCGACUCCUCGUCAAGGGCUAAAGCCAGUAUUGGCGACGGCCUUCGCGCAAACAAACAAAGGGCCAUCUCUCCGACCAAGGCGCGAACUGAGCUUUCUGGUCACAUCAUCUUCACCAUCAUCGCCACGGCAUCCCGUUCGUCGCCAUCUGCCUGAGUUGAUACCCAUACCAAUUCCCAAUCCACAAACCACACCAACGUUCCCAUCGUCGGGCCUGUCCCAUGCACAGCGGCGCCUUGCCUCGACCAAACCGGAGCCGGAAGCAGAACUCAAACGUACGCCUCUGUACGACCUGCACGUUUCGCUCGGGGCCAAAAUGGUACCCUACGCUGCCUAUGCCAUGCCAGUCACAUACCCGGACCUCUCGCACAAGGACUCCCAUCUCUGGACACGCCAACACGCCAGUGUCUUUGACGUCUCCCAUAUGGUGCAGCACAAGCUCUCCGGGGAACUCGCCGAGGAGUUUCUCAUGACAAUCACUCCAUCAGCCAUCAAUGAGAUAGAAAAGCACCGCUCGACUCUAUCUUGCCUUUUGAACGAGGAAGGAGGCAUCGUCGACGAUACAGUCAUCUCGAGGAUUGGUAAAGAUAGCUUUUACUUUGUGACGAACGCAGGCUGUCGAGAGAAAGACAUUGCCUAUCUCGAUCAGCAUAUAACGAAGUUUCUCAAGGCAAAGGGUGCAUCAGGAGAUAAGAUCAAUUGGCACGUCCUUGACCACCAUGCCCUUCUGGCACUUCAAGGCCCCGAGUCUGCAAGCUUGCUCCAGUCGCUUAUAUUUAAUGACACGGACGACGACAGUCUCGACACGUCACUGGAUACACUAUACUUCGGGUCAAGUCGAUGGUUGCAACUGACCCUACCUGACUCCGGGAUGAACACUCCCUCUCUCCUCAUUAGCCGCACUGGAUAUACAGGAGAGGAUGGCUUUGAAAUUUCGAUCCCGCCCGAAAACGGAGACGCAACCGAACUGGCAACGAACAUAGCCAAAGCUCUCACCGCCGACAGCUCCAAAGUCCGCUGGGCGGGGCUGGGUGCGCGUGACUCGCUCCGCCUAGAGGCAGGGAUGUGUCUCUACGGGCAUGACCUAGAUGAGAAGAUCACGCCGCCAAUGGCGGCUUUGGGUUGGUUGGUCGGCAAAUCUCGCCGGGUCGACAACCCCAUACCAGCCUUUAAUGGCCAUCAAAUUAUCAACAAGCAGCUCGCGUCGCCAAAGACCAUGCCUGAGCGACGAGUUGGCCUCUUCAUAGAAAAGGGUCCCGCUGCCCGCGAAGGGGCAGAAAUCGUCGAUCCGGAAAACAACAACCAGGUCAUUGGUCACAUCACCUCUGGUUCUCCCAGCCCCACCCUCGACGGACAAAACAUUGCCAUGGGGUAUAUUAAGAAUGGAUUCCACAAAAAGGGGACUCCGGUCGGUGUCAGAGUUCGAAAGAAUGUGAGGAAAGCGGAGGUCGCUAAAAUGCCAUUUGUGCCAAACAAGUUUUACUCUCGACCCUCGUGA